AUGGAAGCGUCGUCGUUGCUUGCGCCGGCCGUCUUGCUCCCGGCUCUCGUCGUCAUCCACGUGCUCGUAGCCUACCUUCGCAAUCCGCUGCGGAAGAUCCCCGCUGCGCAUCCCCUCGCGCACGUGUCGUCGCUGUGGAUAGCCUGGGUGCGCUGGCGACAGAUUGAGAAUGCGACGCUGAAAGAUGCGCAUGCGAGGCUGGGUCCAAUUGUGUGUCUGGGCCCCGAAGAAAUCAGUAUCAAUUGCGUCAAGGGCGGCAUCCGCGAUGUCUACGGCGGGGGAUUCGAAAAAGUCAAUGCCAAAAACGGCUAUAAUUGGUAUUCGUUUUUCACAAACUAUAGCGGAACCGGCAACAUGUUUUCCACGGGCAGUAACAGGCCGCAUUCGCAGAGGAAACGUAUGUUGAGCAACAUUUACAGCAAGUCUCACGUCCUUGCUAGUGAAUCGCUGCUCAUGCAGGCAUCGACAAUCAUGUACAAGCGCUUCCUGCCGUAUCUAGAGUCCGUAUGCGCAGGUCCCGAAAACGGAGUCUUGAACAUUUACGCACUGCUCAGUGCAACAACAAUGGAUAUUGUGACGUCCUACAUCUUCGGACUGCGAGCAGGGUCGAACCUGAUCCAGGACCCCCAGCAACUCGCCUGGUUCUUGGACCUAUACUACUCACGACGAUCCUUCAACUUUUGGCCGCAAGAGUUCCCGCACCUCACUAGCAUGGCGGAGAAAUGGCUUGGCUACCGCUUCUCACCCAAAUGGGUCGACGAAGCAAAUGGCAAGAUCGAGGCAUGGGUGAUCAACAUGUGCCAUGAAGCCGCGCGUGUGCUGGAUGCUGGCGUCGCCGCCGCAGGGAUCGAGGACCGGCCUGUAGUCUACCAGCAGCUGCAGAGCAGCAUGGCAAAGGAAGCAAGUAAGAGCUCGGGUGGUAUGCCUGAUCCCAUCGCCAUGGCAAGCGAAGUCCUCGAUCAUCUGGCCGCGGGUUUCGACACCUCUGGUAUAACGCUCAACUACCUUGUCCACGAGCUAUCCAAGCACCCCGAUAUCCAGACCCGUCUUCAGGACGAGCUCCUCGGCCUAUCUCCCCGCCUGGCAGCAUCUUCAGUGCCUAAUCUGCCCGACCCGAAAGCCGUCGAUGCCCUUCCCUUGCUACACUCCGUCAUCUGGGAAACCCUGCGUCUUCACUCUGCGAUUCCCGGCCCACAACCCCGUUUCACGCCCCCGCAAGGCUGCCGACUUGGCCCAACAGACGAUUCAUCGUACCACGUUCCGGGCGGAGUCAGGGUGAGCGCCAGUGCGGGCCUGCUGCAUCUGAACGACGACGUGUAUGAGUGUGCAAGUGAAUGGAGGCCAGGUCGCUGGUUGGGACUCGACAAGGUGGCCGAUGACAAGCGGAGAGACAUGGAGAGCCGAUGGUUUUGGGCUUUUGGCAGUGGUGGUCGAAUGUGCGUGGGAAGUCACUUGGCAGUGUACCAAAUGAAGUACAUAGUCGCGGCCCUGUACUCAAACUACCGCACGACCAUUGUAGAUGACGCAGGCAUCGAGCAGUCCGACUCAUACACUGCACCGCCCAAGAGCGUGAAACUCAUGAUACGACUCGAGAAGCUGACGUAG